GGAAGUUUUGUCUCACUGAUGUUAGCUGCCCUUGCUUGGGCUCUACUCAAAUACAAAUCGCGCGGUAAGACACGUCUUCCCAACGGACCUAUCGGCUUGCCCCUGCUAGGAUACAUCCCCUUCCUGGGCCGCAAGCCGUACCUGACGUUCACGCGCCUGGCCCAGCGCUAUGGCAGCGUGUUCAGCGUCCAGUUGGGUGCCAAGCUCCUGGUGGUGCUGAACGGUCGGAAGGCGAUCCGGGAGGCUUUGGUGACCAAGAGCCGGGUGUUCUCGGGGAGGCCACAGUGGGUCCUGAAUCGAGUCAACCAGGGAAAAGGAAUCGCCAAUCAGCAAGCCAAUCCCACUUGGCGGGAACACCGCCGUUUCGUGCUGUCAGUCAUGCGCAGCAUAGGAGAAGGAAGGACUCAGAUGGAAAACAAAGUUGCUGAAGAGGUGUCCCAUCUCAUCGAGGAGUUUGCGUCCCACAAUGGUGACGCGAUGAACAUGACUUAUCCUGUUCAGCUGGCCUUCAGCAACGUUAUCUGCUCCGUGUGCUUUGGCCAGCGCUUCAAACCCACCGACCCCGACUUCAAGCGCCUGCUGCACAUGGCCGACGUCUUCUUCAGCCACCUGACCAGCGCCAGCGCCGCCAAUUUCAUCCCUCUGCUCUGGUACCUUCCCCUCCCCGGCCACCGGGCGGUGCGGGAGAUGUACACCGGCAUUUUGGACUUCGUCUCGGCCAAGGUGGACGAGCACAAAGCCAGCCUCGACCCGGACUCGCCCCGAGAUCUCAUCGAUAUCUACCUGGUCGAGAUAGCUAGGCGCAGAGCUGGUACUAACCCCGAUGGAUCGGACUUGCCGGUGGAGAACGGUUUCAACGAAGACUACAUAAAGCACGUAGUAGCCGACCUGUUCUUCGGUGGGACAGAGACGGUGAACGCGGGCGUGUUGUGGGGAUUCGUGUGCAUGGUCUUAUAUCCAGACGUCCAGGCGCGUGUUCAGGCGGAAAUUGAUGAAGUAGUCGGGCAGGAUCGGAUGCCUACAAUGGCAGAUCGAGCUCAUCUACCUUACACACAAGCAACACUGCAGGAGAUCAACCGGCGCUGCAACGUCAUUCCCUGCGCCAUCCCACACGUGACGACGGAAGACGUGGAAAUGAACGGCUUCAUAUUGCCCAAGGGGACCACCGUCACGGCCAAUCUGUACUCAGCACACAUGGACCCGGAGUGCUGGCGCGAACCCGAGCGCUUUGAACCCGCUCGCUUCUUGGACGAGACGGGACAACUCAUCCGGGGGCAUGAUUCCUAUAUGCCCUUCUCUUUAGGACCCCGCGCCUGUCUCGGGGAGCAGAUGGCCAAGUGCGAGAUGUUCCUGACGUUCACGGGCAUCCUCCAGAAGUUCCGUCUUGAGCUGGCCGAGGGAAUAGAGCGCCCUACUCUCGACGGUCUGCCAGGCAUCACGCACGCACCUAGGCCGACCAGAAUCAGACCCAUUCCGAGGAAAAUCCGAAGAGAUUAGGCGGCUUUAGCAUGGUUUUUAAUUACAUAUCCCUCGGUAGGGCUUGAACGAAAUCCCACCCACAAUUGCCACCUUCUCCAUGACGUGUACGUUGGGUAAACCAAGGGUGGAUCAAGAGCCGAAUUUUCCGGGGGGAGGCAAUCUUUCGGGGGAGGACCACAAAGACUUUUUUUUUAAAAAUUGUGUAACCUUUAACAGGCCUUUCUGGCCUUAAGGUGAGUUUCAUUUGUGACCAUACAUUUUACAUGCUUAGGGAAGAGAA